GCGAGGAGAGCCCAGCCCAGGCAUUUCUCUGCAGGACCCGAAGGCAGGCGGAGAAAGAGAGAGAGAAAGCCAAGGCAUGGCCGAGUCUUCUGGGAUCCGGAUCAGCUCCUCCGUCUUCUCCUCCUCUGCUUGAUCCGCAUCCUCAUCACCAUCAUCAUUUCCUCAAUUCCUCCCCUUUAAAAGAGCGACCUCCAAAAUCCCAGCCUCUUGCAUCCUGCACGGUUUUUGAACCUCCAUCUAUUCAUCUCUCCUCGACCUUCAGAAUCCCAACCUCUCGCCUUAAGUAUCUAUCAUCUCCUAUCUUCCAUCUCCAAAAUCCCAGCCUCCUUCAACCUAUAUGGUUCUUAUCCAUCAUCUGCCAAUCUAUCAUCUUCUAUCUGUCUUUCAUUUCCAAAACCCAGCUUCUUUCUUUGAGCACAAUCCAUAGUUUUGAUCCAUCUCUAUCUGUCAUCUCUUUGCCUUUGACCUCCCGAAUCCCAUCUUCUCCCUUCCUACACAAUCCCUGACAGGAAUUCCAGACAGGAGACAAUCAGGGCCAGCUAACACCUCCUAACAAAGGAUCCCCCCUUCAAAGCAGCCAGGCUUUGAAGCUGCAAGGCUCCGUCCACAACCUCUAUAACUGCAACAUAUUGCUUAGCAUUUUAAUAUCCAUCAUCAGCCCAUCUCUCCAUCCAUUCCCAUCUGGUGAGAGUGGAAAUGCAGGUGGAAACCAAAGGAGGUCCUCCCAUCUCAAGUUGCUAGUCCCUGUUGAGGGCUGGGCAUGAAAACUGAUGCUUUUCCCCCUCUGUCGGGGAAAAUUUGGCCAAGGGAACUCCAUAUUCUGCAAAAAGGACCAUCUUUCUCAUCAUUGACUCCUUCCUUCCUUUCUCAUCAUUGACUCCUGGCUUUUGUUUAUACAACUGAAAUCAACAACAACAACAAAAGGAACUUCUUGGCGUGGACUUUCUUCCUCCAGACAGACUGCUGCAGUGUCUGGUCUUUUCGGAAAGGAAGGCUGAAGGGGGAGAGAGAGGAUUUCUUGCUUUUCUGGGACGAGAUUUGAAGAACCCGGAACAGAGAUUUUGAGCAUUGGGGACACCAUUGGAAACACUUUAAUCUGAGGACGAGCAUUUGAUGGUUUGCCAAGAUGGCUCUCAUCUGGAAGACAUGCAUCUUUGCAGUAAUGCUGCUUCCUGUGGCAACCUCAAUGCAUUCAGACUGCUUCCUGAGGAAGGAACAAGAGGCCUGCACAGCGAGAAUCAAGAAACUCACUGCCUUAAUCCUGCAAAAUGAUUCCGUUCCAGCAUGCGAAGGGAUGUGGGACAACAUCACCUGUUGGAAGCCUGCCUUUGUCGGCGAGGUCGUCGUGGUGAAAUGCCCAGCACUCUUCAGCAUGGUGAACAUCGACUACGGCUGGGAUGUGAAUAGCAUGGCCUAUGCACAACCAGAUGAUUUUGAACUAUUGGAAAAUGCAGACCAAAUUUUAGGUGACUCUCCGGAUGCGAAGGUGGUCAGCAGGAACUGCACUGAGGAUGGUUGGUCAGACACUUUCCCACACUAUUACGAUGCCUGUGGAUUUGACGAGAAUGACACCAUGCCAGAUUAUAAUCAGGACUACUACUACCUCUCUGUAAAAGCUCUGUACACAGUCGGUUAUAGUACAUCCCUGGUGUCUCUCACCACCGCAAUGGUGAUCUUGUGCCGUUUCAGGAAACUACACUGUACACGGAACUUUAUUCACAUGAACCUCUUUGUUUCCUUCAUCCUGCGAGCCAUUUCUGUCUUCAUUAAGGAUGGAGUCCUCUACACUGAAGAAGACAGCAACCACUGUCUUAUUUCAACGGUGGAAUGCAAGGCAGUGAUGGUCUUUUUCCACUACUGUGUGAUGUCCAACUAUUUCUGGCUCUUCAUUGAAGGACUGUACCUUUUCACCUUAUUGGUAGAAACCUUCUUUCCAGAAAGGCGAUACUUCUACUGGUAUACCAUCAUCGGAUGGGGAACUCCCACCAUUUGUGUCACUGUCUGGGCAGUUCUUAGACUUCACUUUAAUAAUGUUGGCUGCUGGGACAUAAAUGACAACACAGCCUUGUGGUGGGUGAUCAAAGGCCCCGUGGUGGCAUCCAUCAUGAUCAACUUCUUGCUUUUUGUUGGCAUCAUCAUAAUUUUGGUCCAGAAACUUCAGUCCCCUGACAUCGGAGGCAAUGAAUCAAGCAUUUACUUCUUCAUGGUGGAAAGAAACGAGAAACAUGGCAUAUCCCAUCGCAGCUGCGUUCAGAAAUGCUACUGUAAAUCCAGCAGGGCUAACCAGCAUUCUUGCAAGAUGUCUGAACUAUCCACAAUUACCUUGAGGCUGGCCCGCUCGACCUUGCUUCUUAUUCCACUCUUUGGGAUUCAUUACACAGUGUUUGCCUUUUACCCUGAGAAUGUCAGCAAAAGGGAGAGGCUGGUAUUCGAACUGGGGCUGGGAUCUUUCCAGGGCUUUGUGGUUGCUGUCCUUUACUGCUUCUUGAAUGGGGAGUUUCUCCCUAAAGGUGCAAUCAGAAAUAAAGAGGAAAUGGAGGAGCUGGAAAGUCAACCGGUAUUUUGCUGUGGAUUUCAAGCAUCGCCAUCCCUCUCUGGCAAGCAGCGGAGUGAACGGGGGGACGCAGUUGUCAAUUCUGAGCAAGAGCAGCUCACAGAUUCGCAUGUCGAGCAUAAAUGCGGAGAACCUGGCAACAUGAGUCCAUGAAACCACCUCCCUCCCCGACUCCCUCACAGCAAGAGAGAGCAAAUCCCUUGGAAACCAACAAAAAAGUCAUAUUCUUGGUGGCGUGGGUUGUUGUGUGUGUCUCUCUGUGUCUUUUUUAAAAACAAAACAUCUCCCUUUUAUUAAUAAGAGAACGAGAUCACUCUGGAAACAUGGCAUCUCUGAUGAGCGGAAGACUUGGCGUCGAAAGGUAUUGUAAAUACAUCAUGGAGAUCAUCCAGACAAGACAAGACAUUCAACCCACCCACGGCCCCAGCGAGCUGCAAAUAAUUCCAUCUUUGGCCUUGCGUUUCUGGUGAUCGUUGUGCCAUUGUGAGUUUUGGUUGCCAUGCUGAUCCUUGUGAAAGAACAUCCCAUGGAGUUUGUUUCCGCUCUCUGUUGCCAUUUCGAGCCCACCUCUUCAUCUUGGACCAUCUUGGACCUUUCUCCUUGUGCUUUUUCAUGACUUUGAAUGUAACUCAGUCCCCAGGUGGGCUCAUUACCAGCCUUGACUUUGUGAACGUUGAGAUGGAUUCCACCAGAAGCAUUCAGAGCAUCAAAUGCAUCUGUGAUCUGUGGAUGACACAGAUCAACGAUUUACACACAAAAUGUGGAGUCGUUGGUUUCUUCCUGCCUCCAGGAAUGAAUCGGAAAUGUUGUGUUAAGCUGUGAAUUUUCUAAAAGGGCCGUCCCAGCAAUGAUAGAGCUAUAUUUUUGAGAUGGAUGGGUUAUUUUAUUUCUCCCUUCAUUUUGUAAGAAAAGCAAAACAGACACGGAAGCAGGCGGGACCUAUAUUUGGUUGCCCCUACAUUCAGUAUAGAUGAGUUCCGGGAAUGUGUACCUUCUUUUGGACUACAUGUUUCUCCAUGAAAAAGGAGGGUUGAAGCUGGACAUGGUGACCUGCAAAUGACUUUGGGGGUGGCACAAAGUGUGAGGCCAAGGUUCACACCUAAAGGGCUAGGACGCCAAUUCUGUGGAUUAUGUAGCCAAAAUGAAAAGCCCUACACAUAAAAAUUCAUCAUGGCGGUCCACAGAAGGUCCAGCUGGAUGAUCUGAUGCCAUGCGAGAGAAAUAGGAAAGACUUUGAAAUUGGGAGAAAUGUAUAUAUAUAUUUGAAUGUGUGAGCUUUCUUCAGCUGAGCAUCUGAAGCCUAAAUCUAAUGGUUAGACCCAACUGGAGUAGAUCCCUUGAAUCAACUCAUGAAUGAAUUUGGCACUCAAUGUAUUCAGUGGAUCUACUCCAGAAAUGCGACCAGCGAUUGGAUUUAGGCCAGAGGGAUUUAGCUGGGGAAAGUUCAUUUAACGCCUUCGAUUUUGGGUUGGAGGAAGGAGGAAAUCCUUUUUCGAUCCUGCCUUACAGUCAGAGCCACAACUGAUGCAUAGCUACUUCAGCCGAAUUACCACAAUGAUGUCAAUUUUUAGGAGGCCUCGUGUGACGCACAAAGCCUCCAAAGGACUCUUCUUAAUUCCACUGUGGAUUGCCGGAGCCUUUCUAGAUGUUUCAAUAUCCUUUCCAAUGUGAGUGUGUAAAUCUCUCUGUGUGUGUGCACAUUAAAAAAGGAAUAUAUAUUCAUUUUUAAUGUAGAGUAUAUAUUAUCUGUGUAAUAUUUUGUUAAACACUAAAGAAUGAAUGCAAGCUCUCGAUGGCCAAGACGAUUGCAAGGAAAGGGCUGGUUCUUUCUGUUUAAUUUCAAUGAAUGGAGUUGUUUUUCUAAAAGGUUUGGAGAAGAGAUGUGGUGGAGGGAAUACAUUUCCCUUAAGACAAGCUGAAACCUGGUUCAUAUAUGUUGAGCUGCCCAAUCUUUUUUGCAGAGCAAAGGAAUGAACAUACAAAUAAUGUAUAUAAUGUUGAAUGUUUGAUAGUGGUCCUUGAUACACAAGGUGUCAUGUUUUGUAGAAUCAUAGAAUCCUAGAGUUGGAAGAGACCUGGUGGUCCAUCCAGUCCAACCCCAUUCUGCCAAGAAGCAGGAAAAUUGUGUUCAAAGCACCCCCAAUAGGUGGCCAUCCAACCUCUGCUUAAAAGCCUCCAAAGAAAGAGCCUCCACCACAAUCCAGAGCAGAGAGUUCCACUGCUGAACAGGUCUCACAGUCAGGAAGUUCUUCGUAAUGUUCAGGUAGAAUCUCCUUUCCUGUAGUUUGAAGCUAUUGUUCUGCGUCCUUGUCUCCAGGGCAUGUGACGUGAUAAAAGAGAUCUUUGCAUAUAGACCUCAAUUCACGUUCUUCAUAUGAUGGUUAGUACAUCAGUUGUAUGAUUGAGUUGAGGAACCUCUCCAGGCUGGCUUUAUCAUUAAGAGAAUGAGGCACCAACAUCAGAAGACAAAUUUUGGGGACAGCAGUCACACCUAUCUCCAUGUUUCUUUUGAGACUGUGGGCCACUUCUUUCUGGCAUUUGCACAGUCAAUUCAACUUCUCUCUGUAGAAUAGGGGCAGGCGGAUCAUUUUGUCUUUCUCUUAUGACAACAACAACAAAAACCCUUGGGCUGGCUUCACAUCUUUCUCCAUCUUAAGAGGAUUGGAUUCCUCAACAUAUAUAACCCAGGUCCAGAGUUGAGAGUUUUGAUAUAUUGACCUCUCAGCAUCUUAAAUGUUGAUGCAGUGGUUCUUAUGAAGAUGGAUUUCUUGCAUAUGAAUGUUCACUGCAGCUCCUUUGUUAAAUCGUGACGAAUGUUCACUGAUCUCUUUCCCUCUAUUUUUCUUAUCCCUACUUGGCUAUAGAAACUGGGGGCCUACCACAGUAGACAACAAUAGCUCCUUUGUCAUUCUUCUUUCACUGCCAUGGCUGCAUCCUUCUGAAUCCUGGGGACUUGUAAUUUAGUGAAGCACGAGAAGAGCUCUGGCCAAGAAUUCUAAACUAUAAAUCCCAGGAUUCCAUGGCAUUCAAAGUAGAAGCACAGUGCUGGAAUUGUAUACCGUGUUAAGGUCCCCUUUGGUUUUCCAAGUUCUAGCUCAACUGUAUUUGGCUUCUCUGGUCAACAAUGUAUGAAGUGGAGGGACUUCAAUCUUCACUUCUCUGCCAGGAACAACAAAGCUUGCAUAUCCUGCUCUUUUCCAAGUAUGGCCUGUUCCUGCCAUUGAGGUUGAACAAGAAGUCUCUUUCAUUCCUAAGUUCUUUCUAUGCACUAGAAAUUUCCCAGGGCUUUUGGAAAGGGCAGAUGGCUACCACUUGGAACCCUUUUGGCCAGAGUGGUUGCCAUUUCCCCCAUUUGUUCAGUAUAGGUUGCAAAUUACAUUACCUUUGACCACCAUUCAGAGUUUGGUUGGUUGUCAACUUCACUAUAAUCACCAAGGAGUAAAGCAAACCCAACCAGGGCCCAGGAGACUGAGGCACUAUGUUUGCCGGCCAUUGGAGAGAGAGCGAGAGAGAAGAAACCAAGGGGCUCAUUUUCCCUUUGGAGAACUGGAUCAGAGCCACUAUGUACAAAUGCUCUCGGGUUUUUCUUCUGAGUUUUGUUAUCGCUCAGUUAUAAUGUUUGCUAUGUUGAGUUGUUUUUAAAACUUAUUUUGUUUCUAAUGGAGAAAAAAUGGGAUGGAAUGGGCACCUCUUAGCCAAACAAUUUUGGAAAGAUGUCCACCUGAUAAUGGGAAACCAGAUUGCUUUCUUAAGGUAGAAUUGACUCUCUUUGAUGUGGACCAUUUUUUGCAAUAUCUUUCCAUGUUGCUCAAGAAAUCAAGGAAUAUUAAAAGGGUGGAAAAAUUUGUGAAAAGGAUGACAUUUAUUCCAUCCAUCAAUUGGGCAAUGGAUAUGGUAGCUAUUCUCACUUAGUCUUGCAAUUACAAUAGGACCCCCAUAUCUGCUGGGAACAUACCCCAAGACCACCCAACCUCAGACAUACAUGAUCCUAUAGAUCCAACCUUUAGUUACCUGAGGGCCAAUCAAACUUUAGUAUAGCAAUGUGAGGUCCAAAGACAUUCCAGAAAGAAAAUGGAUUACAUAAUUAAUAUUGAAUUACAUAAAAUAGUAAUAUUUAAUUACACAAUUAAAAUAUUUUUCCAGUAAGAAGGGCAAGGGCCAACAAAAAUGAAUUGGUGGGCUGCAGGUUGGACCACACUGCUGUAGAUAAUAGUGAACUCGUAUUUUGACUGUACUUGGGUUGGAAGCAUAUCAUACAUCAGCACUAGAGAAGUCUUCAAACACUUUGAAAGAGAAUAUAUUAUAUUUUGAAACAUGAGUAAGUGAAACCAUGGAUAUUAAAUCUGUGGAUAAUGAGGUUGUAGUGUUUGAUGUUGUUUGUUCAUUCUGACAUUGCUGGGAAGAGAACAUAGAGAUCUGCUUUCCACAUCACUACAAAUAACCCCAAUGGCUUAGCUGUUUCAUCUUGAUCUAGGGUUGUCAAGUGGGAUAUGAGAUGAGGCUCCUGACAUUAAAAUUCUGAGAUGGUAGGACAUGAUAAUGGACUGUAAAGCUCUAUCAAGCAGGACCUGCCCACUCUUACUUUCAAAUCUCAACUUUCAACUACACCCAUCUACUCCCAAUUGUACUGUUUAAAGGCAGCAAGUGCCCAGGUAAACACACCUAUAUCCAUAAAUAUUGGUAUGGGAAAACCAAGCCAAUUCUAAGAAUUACAAAUGUUUACAAACAAAACCAUGGUCAAAGUUCAAAGGAAGAAAGCAGCUCUGAGCAAAGUCGCUCAUUGAUGCUGGAAAUUUUAGUUUAGAAGUACAGUAGAGUCUCACUUAUCCAAGCUAAACGGGCCGGCAGAAACUUGGAUAAGCGAAUAUCUUGGAUAAUAAGGAGGGAUUAAGGAAAAGCCUAUUAAAACAUCAAAUUAGGUUAUGAUUUUACAAAUUAAGCACCAAAACUUCAUGUUAUACAACAAAUUUGACAGAAAAAGUAGUUCAAUAUGCAGUAAUGUUAUGUUGUAAUUACUGUAUUUACGAAUUUAGCACCAAAAUAUCACGAUAUAUUGAAAACAUUGACUACAAAAAUGGCUUGGAUUAUCCAGAGGCUUGGAUAAGCGAGGCUUGGAUAAGUGAGACUCUACUGUACCUACAAAAUGUUAGAGAUCCAGGAAGCCAAGCAUCCAGUUAUUUUGCAAGAUGCAGAGCAACAACACCAUUCAUGAAGAUCACCUGUGAAGUUCUUGAGGUCUUUAUGGAUGAGUGCCAUUGUACAGCUAGCCAUUGCAAUAUUGCAGAAUGCUUGUUUGCUCUCCUGUCCUUUGGAAAUUACCACAUUCAGGAGACUACAACAAAGAAAAAAAUACAGAUUCAGGAGGACCUUCAAGGAUUCUGGGUUAUAAAACUGCCCCCCCUCCCAAUCCAUCUCAAUUACCUACUCCCAGUCCAAUCCAUUAAGCAUAUUUUCCAUCCCAAACUCAAAACUCCACUCUGGUUAUCCCAUCAAGAAUAGUGUUCCCAAUGGGGCUGCUGUACUCCUCCAUAGAUAUUUUGUACUGAAGAGGGAAUAGAUGAACGGGGCAAGAGGUGACCCUUUUCAUUUGUUGGGCUUCAAGGGAGUAGAAACCAAAAUUCCAAAUUUGCUUCUACAGUUGAUGUAAAUAUCUGUUUCGGGUUUAAACAGUGCUGCGUUUCAUUUCUUUCCUUUUCCCCCUCCUCUGCUGCUGAGAUAUAUUUUGGAGUUUAUGAAAAUCUAUGUUAUUAAAAAAAGAAAAUGUAAUAAUAAUAAAACAUUUGUUGUGACA